CUGCAUAUUAUCUCUCCAGGAAACAGUACAUCCGGUUCCAACUUCAGCUCAAAAAAAUGUCAGGGGAAGAAGUUGCCGUUGCUCAACCCGAGGCAGCGCCCGCUCUGGGUGAGCCAAUGGACAUCAACACAGCCUUGCCCCUUGUGGUGAGGAAGUCACAGGCUCACGGCGGUCUUGCACGCGGCCUACACGAAGCUGCAAAGGCAAUCGAAAAGCACAAUGCUCAUCUUUGCAUUAUAGCUGAUGACUGUGACCAACCGGAUUAUGUUAAGCUGGUCAAGGCCCUCUGUGCUGAUCACAACGUCAAAUUGCUACAUGCGCCGAGUUCAAAAACUCUUGGCGAGUGGGCCGGUUUGUGUAAGAUAGACUCCGAGGGGAAAGCACGGAAGGUUGUCGGUUGCUCCUGCGUAGUUGUGAAGGAUUACGGUGAACAACAUGAAGCUGUGGAAGUUGUCCAGCAGCAGAAGGACUAAGCAGCAGCGAUUAGAGGACGGUUUCUUCAGUAACAUUAGAGUUAAUAUUUCUGGAUUAUCUAUGAUUUUCGAUAGUAGACGAUGGACUAAUAUGUCGGAGAAUUUUCUAUUUUCGAGGUUGUCUCAA